GACGUCCCCAGUAUCAAAAAAGCAAGUCUCCAAAAGUUCUCUAGCUGUUCUCACUUUCAAGUCAUCAUCGUCUCUCUAUUCUUGCUUUUCGCGCUUCCCUCUCUCUCUCUCUCUCUCUUUGUGACUCUCGAUUUCUUGCUUAGAUCCGCCGAGUCUUCUUUUUUUUUUUGUGGAUUCUUUUCUACAUUCCAAUUACACCUCUGUUCUGAUACCGAUAUCGCAAACCCUAGAUUCGACGAUCUUUGAAUCAAUGGCGUCUUCACCCGGUAAUACUAACCCUCACAAUCCUCCUCCGUUCGAUCUCAGUACUAUCUUCAAAACUUCAUCGAACCCUUAUCCGGCGCCGCCGUCAUCUUAUCCUCCACCGGCGGGUCCUUUUCUUCACAGCCAGUACAAUCAGCAACUCUACGCGCCGCCGAGUACCUUAGCCCAACCAUCGCCGGUGACUCUGACGCAACAGGAUGUGUCUUCCUCUUCCUCCGCGACUAACUUGCUUCCGCAGAGAACGCUGUCUUAUCCCACGCCACCUCUCAAUCCCCAAUCUCCCCGUGUUAAUCACAAUCCCGGAACCCACAUCCUCGCUCUCCUUAACAACAACAAUAACAACAACGGAGGCGCCGUGGCUAACCAAGAGCCUCCGCAUCAGCUUCCGGUAGUGACUCACAACGAGAUCGCUCGGUCUUUUCCUGGCGGUUCGGGUCCUAUCCGUGUUCCCAGCUGUAAGCUGCCUAAGGGAAGACGGUUGGUUGGUGAACACGCUGUGUACGAUGUGGACGUGAGAUUACAGGGAGAGAUUCAGCCGCAGUUGGAGGUGACUCCGAUUACUAAAUACGGGUCGGAUCCUCAGCUUGUAGUGGGUCGGCAAAUCGCCGUGAAUAAGGUCUACAUAUGCUAUGGAUUGAAAGGAGGAAACAUUAGGGUUCUUAAUAUACACAGUGCUUUGAGGUCUUUGUUCAGAGGCCAUUCUCAGAGAGUGACGGACAUGGCUUUCUUUGCCGAAGAUGUUGAUCUCUUGGCUAGUGUUAGUCUAGAUGGAAAAGUUUUCGCGUGGAAAAUUUCUGAGGGAUCUGAGAGAGAUGAUCAAUCCCAGAUAACUGGAAAGAUAGUUUGUGCUCUUCAAAUACUAGGAGAGCAAGACACCAAACAUCCACGUGUUUGUUGGCAUUGCCACAAACAGGAAAUUUUGGUAGUUUCUAUUGGUAAACAUGUGCUGCGAAUUGAUACUACCAAAGUUGGCAGAGGUGAAGUAUUCUCUGCUGAGGCACCUCUCCAGUGUCCCCUUGAUAAGCUGAUUGAUGGUGUUCAGAUUGUUGGCAAGCAUGAUGGGGAAGUUACAGAUUUGUCAAUGUGCCAAUGGAUGACCACGCGCCUGGUUUCUUCUUCUGUUGAUGGCACGGUUAAGAUAUGGCAAGAUAAUAAGGCACAACCACUCGUAGUUUUGAGGCCUCAUGAUGGACAUCCAGUCAGCUCAGCCACAUUUGUGACAUCCCCUGAAAGACCUGAUCACAUCAUACUUAUCACGGGGGGUCCUCUAAAUCGAGAAAUGAAAAUCUGGGUCUCUGCUGGUGAAGAAGGGUGGCUUUUACCAGCUGAUGCUGAAUCAUGGAGGUGUACCCAGACACUUGAAUUGAAAAGUUCAACUGAGCCACGGGCUGAAGAGACAUUUUUUAACCAAGUAAUAGCAUUAUCUGAAGCAGGCUUGCUUUUACUUGCAAACGCAAAAAGGAACGCCUUAUAUGCUGUGCAUCUGGACUAUGGUUAUUCUCCUGUUGAUUCGCGGAUGGAUUACCUGUCAGAGUUUACAGUCACUAUGCCCAUAUUGAGUUUUAUUGGGACAAAUGAUUUUCCAGAAGAGCCCAUUGUUAAGGUUUAUUGUGUUCAGACUCUAGCAAUCCAGCAGUAUACAUUAGACUUAUGCUUGUGCUUGCCACCUCCUACAGAGAAUGUGGGUUUUGAGAAGUCAGAUUCUAGUGUGUCACGGGAAGCAAAUCUUGUUGAAAGUAUGUUUGAACCAUCUGGACUGAAACCUACCAAAUUACCAUCAGUUAAUUCAGUGCCUAAACCAUCUAUUUUAGUGAAUAGAUCGGAAAGUGCUAAUACGUUGAAUUUUCCAGCGGGUUCUGCAUCAGCGGAGACCACAUCACCAGUAAUUGUUCCCCCCAAUGGUGAGCCUAAAACUUCUGGGCUGCCUUCUGAGACCAGUGAUGCAGGUUCUGCGUAUGCUCCUUCAUCUCAACAUUCUCUAAGUCCAAGACUAUCAAGUAAACUUUCUGGCUAUCACACUCCUUCUGAUUGUUUUGUUGAUAGGCAAAAUGAUGAUGUUGGAGAAAAUAGUUUGAAUGUAUCUUCUGUCGACGAAAGCUCUAGAACCAAAGACAUGAAUGUUAAACCUGAUGAUGAUAUGUCUGGGAUUCGAAGCCCAUCAGCUUUCUUCAAACACCCUAUUCAUCUCGUAACUCCUUCAGAGAUAUUGAUGGGUGUUUCAUCCACUGAAGCCUCCGUUACUACUGAAGACAAGAGGGAUAGAAAUGCUGAUAUUCAGGACGUGAAUAAUGAUGCAAGAGGCACAGAAGUUGAGGUCAAAGAAGUAAGUGAAGCACGGUCUACGCAGAAUGGUGAAAUCAACUAUCAUGAAGAAACUGCGAAUCACACUUCAGAAAGUAGAGAACAAAUCUUCUGCUCACAGGCUUCCAAUCUCACAGCAAGAGUCCGUCAUCCUAUUACUGAGGAAACUGUCAUUCCAGAGGACUCUGUGGCAUAUGGACAGCCUUUACAAGUUGGGGAUGAAAGAGUUCUUGACUCAAGAGAUUUGUCUGCAAACCUUCCCAAGUCGGAUUCAUCUAGUGGGCUUCCACAGUUGGUAGCUACAAAUAGCAAAGGGAAGAAGCAGAAGGCCAAAAAUUCCCAGGGUCCCAGUUUGUCAUCCUCAAAUGUUGCUGAUCUGGCUGAAUCCGUCAGUGAGCAAUGUGAGAGGUUAAGUCAUCCCAUGACAGAUUCGCUUCCUCAGUUAUUAGCUAUGCAAGAAACGAUGAAUCAGAUAAUGGUUUCACAGAAGGAGAUGCAGAGACAACUAUCAAAUGCUGUCACUGGCCCUAUUGUAAAAGAAGGUAAAAGACUUGAAGUGGCUAUAGGGAGAAUGAUAGAGAAAUCCAGCAAGUCAAAUGCUGAUGCUUUAUUGGCCCGCUUUCAAGAGGAGGCUUUUAAGAAUGAAAAGGCAUUACGUGACCAUGCACAACAAAUUGUGAAUGCAACGUCAAACUUCAUGAGCAAGGAGUUAAAUGCCAUGUUUGAGAAAACGGUGAAGAAGGAAUUUGCUACCGUUGGUCCAUCCCUAGCACGUGCAGCAACUCCAGUUAUUGAAAAAACUGUUUCCUCUGCAAUCGCAGAAUCCUUUCAGAAAGGAAUUGGUGACAAAGCAGUUAAUCAGCUUGAUAAAUCUGUUAUUACAAAGCUUGAAACAACCAUAGCCAGGCAAAUUCAAGCCCAAUUUCAGACGUCUGGUAGACAAGCCCUCCAGGAAGGUCUUAGGUCAAGUCUGGAAUCUUCAGUCAUACCGUCCUUUGAGAGAGCAUGCAAGGCCAUGUUUGUGCAAGUAGACUCAACCUUCCAGAAAGGGAUGGCUGAGCACACAAGUGCAGCCCAGCAACGGUUCGACUCUGGACACUCCCAGCUUGCUCAUACUCUGAAGGAAACCAUUAGUUCUGCAUCAUCAGUUACUCAAGCCCUAAAUCAUGAAUUAGCCGAGAGUCAAAGGAAUCGCUUAGCUCUCGCAGCUGCUGGAGCUAGUUCUGGUGGAUCAAAUCCCUUGGUUACUCAACUAAGUAAUGGACCUUUAGGUGCUCUUCUUGAAAAGGUUGAAGCGCCUAUGGACCCAACAGCAGAACUCUCAAGGUUGAUAUCUGAACGCAAGUACGAAGAAUCUUUCACUUCGGCUCUACAGAGAAGCGAUGUCUCUAUAGUGUCAUGGCUUUGCUCACAGGUGGAUCUUCGUGGACUACUGGCUAUGAAUCCGCUUCCACUGAGCCAAGGCGUGCUUCUUUCACUGCUGCAGCAGCUAUCUUGUGACAUCAGCAAGGACACAUCCCGUAAGCUAGGUUGGAUGACUGAUGUUGUUGCAGCCAUAAACCCAUCAGAUCAGAUGAUUGCGGUCCACGCUCGCCCAAUCUUUGAACAGGUUUAUCAGAUUUUGCACCACCAGCGUAACGCACCGGGCAGCGACAUCUCUGCCGUCAGACUUAUAAUGCACGUGAUCAACUCUAUGCUUAUGAGCUGCAAAUGACAUCACUCUUUCUCUUUCUUCUUGUUCGUUAGUUACAUGCAUAAAAAAAUAGGAAACCUUUCUUCUUUGCAUCUCUCUACUCUUGUUAGGUUUUUUUUUUUUUUUUCAUUUUUGGUUUUUGUCUUUUGUUCGAAUUUCCUUUUAAAUGUAAAAUCUGGUUUCUACGUCUA